AUGGUCAAAAAUAGAAAAGGGAGGAGGAAGUCUACCGGCUCCAUGAAAAAGAAGGCCGCCGACAAGACGGAAUCGGACAAGGAAGAAGAGAAAAUCCCAACACCCAUAUCUUCGUCCAGUGACGAGAGUGACAGCGAGGAUUCCAUGCCGGCGGGUUCCAGUGUGGAAGAAGGAACACAGGGGGUUUCGCGAUUGUUUUCGCCGUACCGAACACUCGGCAUUGUGUCACAUGGUCCUUUUUAUGUUCUUCCCAAUCAAAACUCGUCGAAUGCCAUGGCCUGUGUCGCCAUUGGAGAACGAUUUCACAUGCUCCAGUGCGACCGAUUGCAUCCUGUCUUGGUCAGUCACGCUGUACCAGCUGGACCAGGAGACAAGGGGCCGCAGACGAUCGCCCAUUUGAUUUCUGAUAACUCGCUCAGUAUUUCUAUUGUGGCGCAUGGCCCCAAGUCAGCACCAAGGCAUGUAACUAUGUAUCAAAGAACUCAACCGGUCAGUACCAAAGCGAUCUGUGAUUCCAAACAUUGGACGAUAGUAGAUUUACUGCAUCUAGGAAAAAUCAAACAAUCCAUGGCGGGAGAAAAGGAAGGCAAGAAGGAAAAUGCUGUGUUACUUGCUGCCAUUUUGUCAAUGGGCAAGCCUCUUCCAGAUGAUGGAGUUCCUGUGGUAGGAAACGACAACGAUGAUAGUGAUAGUGAUAGUUCCGAUAGUGACAGUGAGGAAGACAAAAGUGAAAGUGAUCCGUCGGCACGAGGUCAAAUCGUCUUGUUGGUAGCUUCCCGAAGUGGAUUGAUGGUGCACAAACGCAUUCGUCUGGAAAGCUUUGAUUCCUUUUGUCCACGGGUUGCCAUCCAUCCGCCGACCUAUGUGAACAAAAUCGUCAUUGGUGGGUCCGAUUAUAAGACAUCUAAGGAGGCGCUGGUGCUAGUAAAUGUCAAAAGUGGCAAGAUGAUUCACAAAUUCAAGUGUCUGGCCAAAGAAGAUGUCACAGCCGAUGUUACCUCCUUGCAACAAUCACCUGCCAUUGAUACGAUCGCGGUUGGAACCUCCAAAGGAAUGGUUCAUUUGAUCAACACAAAAUACGACAAGCUUCUGUUUACGCUUCGUCACAAAUCCAAAAAUGGCAAUGCUCCCAGAAUUACCAGUAUUGGUUUUCGAACCGAUGGUUCAGCCUUACAGUACGGCAUUGCUCCCAUGGCAGUGGGUCGGUCGGAUGGUACUAUUUCCAUUUGGGAUUUGACCCCAUCCAAAGACAGGGAUGGGAACUCACUUGGACGAACGCUCUUGUCUGAGAUUGUAAAGGCCCAUGGUCCAGGUGGCGUUCAUAAGCUCCAAUACAUGCCAAAGGAACCACUACUCAUUUCGACCGGCACGAAUUCCAACAAGAUUGUGAUGCAUCUCUUUGAUAGUCCGGAUCAUUCGGGGCGCAUUUUGCGUCAGCGAAAUGGUCAUACGGCUGCUCCCGAGUACAUUCGAUAUUUGCAUCCCGGUGCUGGGGCGGGCGGUGGCGUCUUGGUGAAUACAUCCGAUGGAACCGAUGCAUCGGCUUGCCAGAUCUUGUCCACAGGAGGAGCUGACCAAACGCUUCGCAUCUUUUCGACGGUGCGCUCGGUUUUGGACAAGGAAUACAGCCAAGGAAAGGGAUUGGAAAAGCGGGCCAAGAAACUUGGGCUCGAGAAUAAGACGGAACUACUUUUACCACCAGUAACUUCACUGGCAUCUUGUGAAACAAGAAGUCGUGACUGGGGAGAUUUGGUUACGAUUCACAAGGAUCAUGCCUUUGCUUAUGUGUGGAGUUCCAAACGUGGCGCUCAGUCUGGUCCAAUUCUGAGGCAAGAUGGGUGGAAUGUGAGUUCCAUGAAAGUGCCUCCUCCGGUAUCGGAGCAUGCAACUUCUGUGACACUUUCGAGUUGCGGAAACUAUGCGCUUGUAGGCACCAAAAGUGGAGUAAUAUACAAGUACAAUGUGCAGAGUGGAAACCCUCGUGGAACCUACCCAGCGGCCGCUAGCCUCAAGAAGGAAAAGGGAAUUAGAAAGGAGGCUGGAGACAUCCGACGAACCUUCCAAGCUUUGGAAAAGAAGAUGAAACUGAGCAACCGUGCAUCCAACAUUGAUAAGGAAGAAAAAGAUCGCGUUCAACAAGCCGCGAUUGAGAAUCGCCGUCAAGCGAAGCUUAAGGUUGCAUCACACUCUGGAUUUGCUGUAACUGGAAUCGCUGUGGAUGCAGUGAACAAGACUGUCAUAUCUGUUGGUGAAGAUGCCAAAUUGGUUCUUUGGAACUUCAAGACGCAUGCACCACACAAGAAGAGUCCCUAUGCCUUGCCUGCAGCCGCAACCAAGUUGUGUCAUGUUCGAGACUCUGAUCUUGCAGCUAUUGCAUUGGAAGACUACUCGGCCUUGCUCUUCGAUUGUUCGACCCUUUCAGUAGUUCGACGCUUCGGUUUCGGCGCUCGUAUGGACUCCCACACUGCUCCAAUCACUGAUCUAGGAUUCAGCCCUGAUGGAAGAUCGCUCUACACCUCGUCUUUAGAUAGGACAGUCCGGGUUUGGGAUGUGCCAACCAAUUCCUGCGUUGAUUGGCUUGGAUUCAAUACUGCUCCAACUUCGCUUACCAUUAGUCCAACUGGAGAAUUCCUUGCCACAACACAUUAUGGCAAGCUUGGAAUCAGCAUGUGGAGUGAUCGAAGCUACUAUCAGGCAGUACACGCCGAUGGAGCUGCUGCUAUGAAAGCUCCUGCCCAAAUGGACGACCCUGCUCCACUGGCGGAAGUUGAAAACUCUGAAGAUGAUCACAAGAAUGCGCUCGCAAGAAUGCAAUCUUCCGCAAAUGCAUCAUCCGAAGAGCAAGUAGAAGAAGAAGACGAAGAAGACAAGGGCCUUGCUACCGCGAAAGAGAAGGGUCUGAUCACAAUGAGUGGUCUUCCGCCAGCCCAUUGGAAGAACCUCUUCCACCUAGAGCUGGUGAAGGCUCGCAACAAACCCAAGGAAGCUCCCAAGAAGCCACCAACGGCUCCUUUCUUCCUUCAAUGGAGACCGCGAGUGGCUGUCGAUGGCGAAGCUACGCUAAACCCUGAAACCACGAAGACUGAGGAACCAGUUAAAGGUGACGAUGACGAAUGGAACGCUGCAUGGUCAGAUGAUGAAAACGACAAAGGUUUUGGUGAUGACAAUGGCUUGCCACCCACGGAGAGUGACGCCAAGAGAGAACGAGAGAUAGAGACUGCUGAUACAACGGUUGCAAAGAAGCGCAAAGUGACUCACUAUCGAUCUCAGCUUGCCGAACUCUUGGAUAGAUGUGCCAGCCAAAAGCCAAUCGGUGGAAAACAAUUCCAAGCAGUGACGGACCACAUUGCUACGCUUGGUCCUUCCUCGAUUGACGUUUCGUUCAAUUCACUCUGCAGUGGGAUGCACGAUCUUGAAGGCGGGCUACCUUUGCUGGUUCUUGCGUGUAGAUGGCUUCUUGAGGCUUGCAAGUCAAGGGAACGAUUCGAAGCAGUCAACGCAUAUUUGCAUCGUUUCCUCCAUUUGCAUUCCAACACACUUGCUGGAAUUGACGACUUCCCGGACGACUCCAAAGAAGGAGAAUCAGAUUAUUUACUACAACAACGAGAAGAAGCAGUGAAAUACAUCACUCUGUUGAGAAAAGAGCAACAUUCUUCUUCAGAAGCCCUACAAAACAAAAUGAAGAACACGCUAUGUCUUCUGCGGCAUUUUUCGCGCAUGGUGUAA